AUGGCCGACCGGGAAGGCGGCUGCGCUGCUGGGCGGGGGCGGGGGCGGGAGCUGGAGCCGGAGCCGGAGCUGGAGCCGGGGCCCGGGUCAGCGCUUGAGCCGGGAGAAGAGUUUGAGAUCGUGGACCGAAGCCAGCUGCCCGGCCCAGGCGACCUGCGGAGCGCAACGAGGCCGCGGGCGGCCGAGGGCUGGUCGGCGCCCAUCCUGACCCUGGCACGCAGGGCCACCGGGAACCUGUCGGCGAGCUGCGGGAGCGCGCUGCGCGCGGCCGCGGGGCUGGGCGGCGGGGACAGCGGGGACGGCACGGCGCGCGCAGCUUCUAAGUGCCAGAUGAUGGAGGAGCGUGCCAACCUGAUGCACAUGAUGAAACUCAGCAUCAAGGUGUUGCUCCAGUCGGCUCUGAGCCUGGGCCGCAGCCUGGAUGCGGACCAUGCCCCCUUGCAGCAGUUCUUUGUAGUGAUGGAGCACUGCCUCAAACAUGGGCUGAAAGUUAAGAAGAGUUUUAUUGGCCAAAAUAAAUCAUUCUUUGGUCCUUUGGAGCUGGUGGAGAAACUUUGUCCAGAAGCAUCAGAUAUAGCGACUAGUGUCAGAAAUCUUCCAGAAUUAAAGACAGCUGUGGGAAGAGGCCGAGCGUGGCUUUAUCUUGCACUCAUGCAAAAGAAACUGGCAGAUUAUCUGAAAGUGCUUAUAGACAAUAAACAUCUCUUAAGCGAGUUCUAUGAGCCUGAGGCUUUAAUGAUGGAGGAAGAAGGGACGGUGAUUGUUGGUCUGCUGGUGGGACUCAAUGUUCUCGAUGCCAAUCUCUGCUUGAAAGGAGAAGACUUGGAUUCUCAGGUUGGAGUAAUAGAUUUUUCCCUCUACCUUAAGGAUGUGCAGGAUCUUGAUGGUGGCAAGGAGCAUGAAAGAAUUACUGAUGUCCUUGAUCAAAAAAAUUAUGUGGAAGAACUUAACCGGCACUUGAGCUGCACAGUUGGGGAUCUUCAAACCAAGAUAGAUGGCUUGGAAAAGACUAACUCAAAGCUUCAAGAAGAGCUUUCAGCUGCAACAGACCGAAUUUGCUCACUUCAAGAAGAACAGCAGCAGUUAAGAGAACACAAUGAAUUAAUUCGAGAAAGAAGUGAAAAGAGUGUAGAGAUAACAAAACAGGAUACCAAAGUUGAGCUGGAGACUUACAAGCAAACUCGGCAAGGUCUGGAUGAAAUGUACAGUGAUGUGUGGAAGCAGCUAAAAGAGGAGAAGAAAGUCCGGUUGGAACUGGAAAAAGAACUGGAGUUACAAAUUGGAAUGAAAACCGAAAUGGAAAUUGCAAUGAAGUUACUGGAAAAGGACACCCACGAGAAGCAGGACACACUCGUUGCCCUCCGCCAGCAGCUGGAAGAAGUCAAAGCGAUUAAUUUACAGAUGUUUCACAAAGCUCAGAAUGCAGAGAGCAGUUUGCAGCAGAAGAAUGAAGCCAUCACAUCCUUUGAAGGAAAAACCAACCAAGUUAUGUCCAGCAUGAAACAAAUGGAAGAAAGGUUGCAGCACUCGGAGCGGGCGAGGCAGGGGGCUGAGGAGCGGAGCCACAAGCUGCAGCAGGAGCUGGGCGGGAGGAUCGGUGCCCUGCAGCUGCAGCUCUCCCAGCUGCACGAGCAAUGCUCAAGCCUGGAGAAAGAAUUGAAAUCAGAAAAAGAGCAAAGACAGGCUCUUCAGCGCGAAUUACAGCACGAGAAAGACACUUCCUCUCUACUCAGGACGGAGCUGCAACAAGUGGAAGGACUGAAAAAGGAGUUGCGGGAGCUUCAGGACGAGAAGGCAGAGCUGCAGAAGAUCUGCGAGGAGCAGGAACAAGCCCUCCAGGAAAUGGGCCUGCACCUCAGCCAGUCCAAGCUGAAGAUGGAAGAUAUAAAAGAAGUGAACCAGGCACUGAAGGGCCACGCCUGGUUGAAAGAUGACGAAGCGACACACUGUAGGCAGUGUGAGAAGGAGUUCUCCAUUUCCCGGAGAAAGCCUAGCUCUGUGGAAGAGAGGAAGCCACAGCUACCCCACCCCCUCCCCAACUCGAGUUUCAGGCAGUGCCUCGCAGUAAGCUCAGAGCUAGAAACCACGUCCUGAGGCUGCCUUUGAGAUCACAUGUCUACAAGGCCUGGCUGUCCCCAUCUGUGGAGUCACAGAAGCAGAGGCUGCACAGGUGCUCAUCUUGAUGUCUUAUCAGGCACCCAGGGAACCUGUUUAGAAAGGGAAAGAUCUACUCCCACCCCCUUGGAAUGCAGCAAAGAGAACGAACCACACUCUUCCUGUAACAUGGACUAGCAGCUCACUGGCUUAGUGAUGAAGUACAGCAAAAGUAAACUUUUUGUCUUAAAAACACCCUUAGGCCGGGCGCGGUGGCUCAUGACUGUAAUCCUAGCACUUUGGGAGGCUGAGGUGGGUGGAUCACGAGGUCAGGAGUUCAAGACCAGUCUGGCCAAGACGGUGAAACCCCAUCUCUACUAAAAAAAAAUACAAAAACUAACCGGGCACGGUGGCAGGCACUUGUAAUCCCAGCUACUUGGGAGGCUGAGGCAGGAGAAUCGCUUGAACCCAGGUGGCAGAGGUUGCAGUGAGCCGAGAUUGCGCCACUGCACCCCAGCCUGGGCGACAGAGACUCAAAAAAAAAAAAAAAAAGCCGGGCACGGUGGCUCACGCCUGUAAUCCCAACACUUUGGGAGGCCAAGGCGGAGGCGGAUCAUGAGGUCAGGAGAUCGAGACCAUCCUGGCUAACACGGUGAAACCCCGUCUCUACUAAAAAUACAAAAAAUUAGCCAGGUAUAGUGGCGGGCACCUGUAGACCCAGCUACUGCCAGAGAAUGGCGUGAACCUGGGAGGCAGAGCUUGCAGUGAGCUGAGAUCGCACCACUGCACUCCAGCCUGGGCGACUGAGCAAGACUCCAUCUCCAAAAAAAAAAAAAAAAAGACCCUUGUUUGCACACAGCCCCUCACCACUCCACAGAAACAUAAGAACCCAUUCCCAACAAAUGACGCGCUUCUGGGUUAGGAAGCAGGGAGGGUGUGCGGAUGGCUUUUCCCUGGGUGUCCUGUGACUGCCUUCU